AUUAACAAACUCUGUUUUCUCUGUCAGCAUUCUGAUUUUCUUUCUUACUUUCUCUAUUUUUUUUCUUUGGUUUAGUUGGUCUACUCUUUCUCUCCCAAAAAUUACUUAAACCAAGCUCAGAUUGGAUCGGUUUCAAUUCUGUAUUGAGCUCAUACAGAAGAAAAAGCUCUCUCUGUGUGAGUCGCUUCUACAAUGGCGUCGUCUCUCGGUGUUGUUGGCUUCGUCGGUCUCAAUGACUUUAGCUUCGAAAUGGCUGCCAAGCUUCUUCGCUCUGGAUAUCAAGUUCAAGCGUUUGAGACCAGUGAGCCUUUACUGAAUGAGUUUUUGAAGCAAGGUGGACUUCGAUGUGCCACCCCAGUGGAUGCAGGAAAAGAUGCUGUUGCUUUAGUUGUGUUUAUAUCUAACGCGGAUCAAAUUGAUGAUGUGAUCCUUGCUAACAAGGGUGCUUUGGAAGGAUUGCAGAAGGAUGCUGUCUUUAUUCUUCAGUCAUCAACCUUGUUGCCAUCAUACAUCAAGAGACUUGAGAAGUGUUUUACAGAUAAAAAUGAGGCAGCUUAUUUUGUGGAUGCAUAUGUUGUGAAGGGAGUGUCUGAAGAACUAAAUGGGAAAAUAAUGAUUACGUCUUCAGGAAGAUCCGAUGCAACUGCAAGGGCACAGCCUAUUCUGUCAGCAAUGUGUGAAAAACUUUACACUUUUGAGGGUGAAGUUGGUGCUGGAAGCAAAAUUAAUCUGGUCAAUGAACUGCUUGAGGGUAUUCAUCUUGUUACUUCUAUGGAGGCUAUGUCACUUGGUUCGAAAGCUGGAAUUCAUCCGUCAAUAAUCUAUGAUAUUAUUUCGAACGCCGCAGGAAAUUCAUGGGUUUUUAAGAAUCAAGUUCCCCAGUUGCUAAAUGGUAUUACCAAACGACAUUACCUGAGUACUUCUAUUCAAAAAUUGGGUACCGUCUUGGAUCAGGCAAAAUUGCUAACCUUUCCUGCUCUUCUUUUGGCAGUUGCACAUCAGCAAUUAAUCCUUGGAUCUUCAAACAUUGGAGAGGGUGAAGAUGCUUCAUUGAUAAAGGCCUGUGAAAGAAUGAUGGGGGUGAAUAUUUCUAAUGCAAUGAAUGCUGAAUCUUACAGCCCUGAGCUGCUAGCAAGCCAAAUAACUUCCAGUGCAGAUACUGUUCACCGAAUUGGUUUCAUUGGUCUUGGGGCAAUGGGAUUUGGCAUGGCAUCUCACCUUUUGAAAUCAAACUUUUCAGUUAUUGGUUUCGAUGUUUAUAAACCAACGCUAACUAGAUUUUCUGACAUUGGCGGUCUAGUUGGAAAUUCUCCAGCAGAAGUUUCUAAAGAUGUCGAGGUGCUUGUAAUCAUGGUCACAAAUGAAGUUCAAGCCAAGAGUGUUUUAUUUGGAGAUUCUGGUGCCAUUUCAGCCCUUCCAGCCGGAGCAUCAAUCAUACUUUCAUCCACAGUUUCUCCAGGAUUUGUGAGCCAACUAGAACGCCACUUGCUAAAUGAAGGCAAGGAUUUGAAAUUGGUUGAUGCACCUGUUUCUGGUGGUGUUAAGAGGGCCUCCUUGGGAACAUUGACGAUAAUUGCAUCUGGUACAGAUAAAGCUCUUAAGAGUACUGGUUUAGUAUUGUCAGCCUUAAGUGAGAAGCUUUAUGUCAUUAAAGGAGGUUGUGGUGCUGGAAGUGUCGUAAAGAUGGUCAAUCAGUUGCUUGCUGGUGUUCAUAUAGCAUCUGCAGCGGAGGCUAUGGCAUUUGGAGCUCGAUUAGGUCUCAAUACGAGGAUAUUGUUUGAUGUCAUCAUAAAUAGUAGGGGAACAUCCUGGAUGUUUGAGAAUCGUGUUCCGCACAUGCUGGACAAUGAUUACACACCUUAUUCUGCACUUGACAUCUUCGUAAAGGAUCUGGGCAUUGUUUCUCGCGAGUGUUCAUCCCGAAGAGUACCGCUUCAUAUUUCAACAGUUGCACACCAAUUGUUCCUUUUAGGUUCUGCAGGAGGGUGGGGUCGACAGGAUGAUGCUGGUGUAGUUAAGGUCUAUGAGACAAUAACUGGGGUUAAGGUUGAGGGGAAACUUCCGUUACUUAAGAAAGAAUCUGUCCUUACUUCCCUUCCAUCUGAGUGGCCAGUUGAUCCCAUUAAUGAUAUACAAACACUUAAUCAGAACUCUUCAAAAACUUUGGUUGUUCUUGAUGAUGAUCCAACAGGAACCCAAACUGUACAUGACAUUGAGGUCUUAACUGAAUGGACUGUUAAUUCACUUACUGAGCAAUUCAAAAAGGCUCCUCAAUGCUUUUUCAUUUUAACCAAUUCCAGGGCAUUGAGCCCUGAUAAGGCCAGUGCAUUGAUUAAAGAUAUAUGCCAGAACCUGCAAGCAGCAGCUGACUCAGUAAAAAAUGCUGAUUAUACUGUAGUUUUGCGAGGUGAUUCAACCUUACGAGGUCAUUUUCCAGAGGCAACUGAUGCUGCUAGCUCAGUACUAGGUGAGAUGGAUGCAUGGAUCAUCUGCCCCUUUUUCCUUCAAGGAGGCCGUUACACUAUUGGCGAUAUUCACUAUGUAGCAGAUUCUGACAAACUUGUUCCUGCUGGAGACACAGAGUUUGCAAAAGAUGCUUCUUUUGGCUACAAAUCUUCUAAUCUCCGUGAGUGGGUAGAGGAGAAGACGAGUGGCCGCGUUCCAGCCAGUAGUGUUGCUUCUAUUUCUAUCCAGCUUCUGAGAAAAGGUGGGCCAGAUGCUGUUUGUGAGCGUCUAUGUAGUUUGCAGAAGGGGUCAACAUGCAUAGUUAAUGCAGCUAGUGAAAGAGACAUGGCUGUCUUUGCAGCAGGAAUGAUAAAGGCUAAAAUGAAGGGAAAGCGAUACUUAUGCCGGACUGCUGCUAGUUUUGUAUCUACGCGUGUUGGAAUUGUCUCAAAAGCUCCAAUUUUGCCUAAGGAUAUAGGAAUUAACAAACAAAGGAAUGGUGGUCUCAUUGUUGUGGGAUCAUAUGUCCCAAAAACCACAAAACAGGUUGAAGAGCUUAAAUUACAAUGUGACCAGAGUUUAAGAAGCAUUGAGGUGUCUGUGGCCAAACUUGCUAUGGGACCUACAGAAGAGAGGGCAGAGGAAAUCAUUAGAGCAGCUGAGAUGGCAGAUGUUUUCCUAAGGUGUCGUAAGGACACCCUAAUAAUGACCAGUAGAGAGCUUAUCACUGGAAAAACUUCCUCUGAGAGUUUGGAGAUUAACUUCAAAGUGAGUUCUGCACUGGUGGAAAUAGUCAGGAAGAUUACUAUAAAACCUCGUUACAUUCUUGCCAAGGGUGGAAUCACAUCAUCAGACAUUGCUACAAAAGCCCUUGAAGUAAAAUGUGCCAAAAUAGUGGGACAGGCCAUGGCUGGUGUUCCCUUGUGGCAGCUAGGUCCUGAAAGUAGACAUCCAGGAGUUCCAUAUAUAGUGUUUCCUGGAAAUGUUGGUGACAGUAACGCCGUAGCAGAGCUAGUGAAAUCUUGGGCUCGUCCAGCCAGACUUUCAUCAGCAAAAGAGCUUCUUUUGAGUGCAGAGGAGGGUGGAUAUGCUAUAGGUGCAUUCAAUGUCUACAAUUUGGAAGGAGUGGAGGCAGUUGUUUCUGCAGCAGAGGAAGAACAGAGUCCUGCCAUAUUACAGAUUCAUCCUAGUUCUUUGAAACAUGGAGGGAUUCCUUUGGUCGCAUGUUGCCUAGCUGCUGCUGAACAAGCCAGUGUUCCCAUCACGGUCCAUUUUGAUCAUGGAACUUCAAAAAAAGACCUUGUGGAUGCGCUCGAGUUGGGUUUUGAUUCACUUAUGGUAGACGGUUCACAUCUUUCCUUCAAAGACAACGUCUCGUACACAAAGUAUAUAUCACUUUUAGCACACACAAAAGGGAUGCUGGUAGAAGCUGAAUUAGGAAGAUUGUCGGGGACAGAAGAUGACCUGACUGUUGAAGAUUAUGAAGCAAGGCUGACAGACAUUAACCAGGCUCAAGAGUUCAUUGAUGAGACUGGUAUAGAUUCUUUGGCAGUAUGUAUUGGAAACGUCCAUGGAAAGUAUCCUGCAAGUGGUCCAAGUCUUAAACUUGAUUUGCUUAAGGAUUUGCAUGCUUUGUGUUCAAAGAAAGGAGUCUUUGUGGUUCUUCAUGGAGCUUCUGGUCUGUCUGAGGAACUUAUCAAGGAAUGCGUAGAGCGAGGUGUGAGAAAAUUCAAUGUAAACACCGAGGUGCGGAAGGCGUACAUGGAUUCACUUGGAAGUCCAAAGAAAGAUCUUGUCCAUGUUAUGGCAUCUGCAAAGGAAGCAAUGAAAGCUGUGAUUGCUGAAAAGAUGCAUUUAUUUGGUUCAGCUGGAAAAGCUUGAUCAUUUAAUGUCAUUUAUAGUUGAAACAAGAUAUCAUUUGUCUUCCUACUAAAUCGGUUACUUGUAUGAACCUCUUUUAUUUUGGUUCUGUUGUAAAUUAUGAUUUGAAACUAAAAUUUAUUAUCUUCUCUAAUAAUGAGCCUAGAAUAGCUUCAUUCCAAUUUUAUCA